UUUUCAUUACUCUCUCUUUUUCCAAGAUAAGAAAACAACAAAAACAACAAAAAUCCCUUUCCGUGUCUUCUGCGAACUGUCACAUCCGUACGUGCAACGUGGAAUGACGAAAACACCCUGCAAGACUUAAUAGUCUCUCUCUCUCUCUUUCUUUUUAGUCUCUUUCGGUCUUGGUUUCUUGGACAGUGAAAAGAAUUGGAGAAAGAAAGCGUUUUUGUGAUGUUGUCGUCGUCGUGGGAGAUGCAACUAGUGGAUACGGCGAAAGAGGAACUCGAGAUUCUUCACACUCAAUAUCCCAACCGCUUCGCCUACCUCAAAUCCGACCUUCAAUCUUUCAUUUCUAACCUCCGUGAAGAUCACGCGCCACCGUGUGUCUCCUCCUCCUCCGUCGUUCUCACUCAAGAAUCAUCAAACUGUCAGAAUAAGCAGAAACACAAGAAGAGAAAGUACACUGUGACCAAAUUUGGAGACCAAGAAUCUUCAUCAUCAACAACGGUAAAGAUCCACAAGAACAAUAACAAGAUGGUCCAGAGAGUGGUUACAAAGAGAAAAAACAGAGUUGAAAUGGUUCUUGAAAGGGCUCAACACUGUCUCCAGAAGAUAAGAGACGUGAAAGCCUCUUUGUGUUGAAUUUCUUUUUACAACGUUUUCUUUUUCUUGUUUUGGGUUGAAAUGUAAGAAUGUUACCGACCAAGAAAACGUUGUGCAA